AAAUCAGCAAAUCUCCAUUUAAAAGCAGCUUGAAGGAGUAAAUGCUGCCAAUAUAGCUUCCUAGGAUAAUACUGACGUCUCGAGAUCCUCAGAGACCUAAGAUGAUGGAUAUUAUCUAGAGAGGGGAUGUCAGAGAUCUAUUUUCCUCGGCACUCGACCUCCGAACAUGAACUUCGGGGCAGCCAAAUCUUUGAAGGUCGUUGUGUUUGUAUUGUACUGUCAAACCUUGGUUGAGUUCACCGCAUGUUCUGUGAAUGAGCCAAGACUGAAUGGAAAAACUAUUGAGUUUCUCCCGUUAUAUGAAAGAAUACCUUAUAGGACAGAAAUACCGCCAUCGCAAUGGAUGCUUUCAAGCUACGAAGAGAUCGCCAGGAAAUUUUCUCUCGCUUUGAGAGAAGAUCCUCCAUACGAUGUCAUCAAAGGUGUCUUGAAAGAUGGAAAGAUCUCUGAUGAUACCUAUGACAAAAUCAUCAAGUAUGAAAUUCCCUUCUUCAUACUUGCUUCCAUAUCCUUGCUUGGAUGUGUCAUGUUGCCGAUGACAGGCCUAAUAUUUUUCUUCUGCCGAUGUUGUGGAAAAUGUGGAGGCAACCUGGAAGAGGAGAAUAUGGAAUUUAGCCCUGUAAAGCAGAGACAGACAUUAUCAAUUCUUAUCUUUCUUUGUAGUGUCUUUAUUCUCAUUGGCAGUUCCUGUAUCUUCUUAUCCAAUGACAGAUUAGGAACAAGUGUACCAUUACUUGGCUCUGUUCUCCAAGACUCCAUUGAUGACAUCAUAGCCUAUAGAAACAAUACCAUACAGCAACUCGAGGUUGUAGCAGGAUCUGACAUGAAGUUCACCACUUCAUUAGUAGUGCAAGAUUUAAAUAAUAUAUCUCAACUUGUUGCUGAACCAGUGAUGAUUGAAGCCAGAAAGUACGUUCGUCCUUUACUGGAAUCCAUCAUAAACAUGGGUAAAACGAUGGUCAAAGUCAACAUCCUGUUAGACAACAUCAAUGAAACAGUCAACGAGUUGCAAGACCUGGGUGACUCCCUGCGCCAUCAGCUGAACGUGACGCGCCAAAAUUUGACAGAUCUGAAGACGUCUUGCCAGGCAGACCCUGGCGCGUCUAUGUUGGGUAUCUGUGAUAACCUCACUGAUGGGCUGUCAUUGGUCCCUAAGGCUGAUUAUACCAAGAUCCCUAGUGUUUCAAAGGAAUUGGAAAGAGCAAAAGAAGUUAGUGCUUUUGACAUGGCAGCAGAGGCGAGGAAGGGCAAUGAAACAUUGGAGGGAGUUCCUAAAGAAAUUGAAAAUACUACUCAUUCAAAAAGACAAGAGGUGAUUGACUUCGUGAAGAAUCUCAGUGAUGCGUUUGAUGAUAUAACAUCAAGCGUCAGAGAAUCGUCUCAUGUGAUUGUCCAAGACACUCUCGUUCCACUUAAGAAAAAUAUAAGCACUUAUUUUGGACCGGGUGGAAUGGUCGAAGAGUAUGACACAUACAGAUUUCUAGGAAUGUCAGUACUCGCCUGUACCAUCCUGUUCACUAUCCUGCUGAUAUACUGCGGGCUCAGUGCUGGGAUGUUCGGAGCACGUGACUAUGACACACCUAGUACCAGGUCUACCUUGGCUGAUUGUGGUGGUAAAGCAUUGAUGUGGGCGGUUGGGUUUUUCUUUUCUACUUCUCUGUUCGUUAACCUUUUACUGGGAGUUCUGUUCCUAGUUGGUGCCAACAUUACCGUUGUGUGCAAGUCUACCAAAGAUCUUACUCUUCUAGAAAAGACUAUUGAUGACAAUUCAAUCUAUGGCUAUUAUCCAAUCUCCAAAAUGCUUUUCAACGAUGGAACCAUCGACAUUCAACUAUCUGACGUUCUCAGAGGUUGCGGAAACAAGGAAACUCCUUGGACCCUUUUGAAGAUGGAUAACAAAUUUAAUUUAGAAAAUCUCACCAAUUACGCAGAUAGCUGGCGAUCGAGUGAUUCACUACAUCAAGUCAUCAACAAAGCAAUACCUUCAUCUCUCACUAUCCCCUCCAUGGAUGAGAUAUUCCAACAGUUGAACUCAACCAUAGUCAAUGUGUCGGUAGUCACAGCUGAGGCAGAUAAAAAACUCAAUGAUUCUAUCAGCGUUGGGGUGCAUCACAUUGAUUUUACCAAGUAUGCAGAUCAGUUUGAACUACCACUGAUCAAUGGAUCUCUCAUUGAUGUGGCUUUCCAACUGAGAGAUUUAGCAAAUGCUGCAAGAAAUGAUAGCCCGACAUUUGCUAAUAAACUGGAGUUUCUGUCUAGCAGACAUCAAAUAAUUCAUUAUGACAUCGUGGAUUCUUCAAGCAGUUUUGUGAAUAUCUUGAAGAGUAAAGUCAAGCAAUUGGAGGAAAAAGGCAAUGAAACAUUGGUUGGCAUUGAGAAUAUAAACAGACUAGUUAAAGACCUGGAAGGUUUUUUAGGUUCUGAAGCAUUGGCAAUAUCCAAUAAGGCAGCAACUGCUUAUCUUCAUCGUAUUAUUGGUUGGUUGGAUCAAUAUAUUGAUAAUGCUGUUUAUAAGUAUCGAAACGAGGUUGGAGAAUGUUCUCAAAUGAAGAAAGUAUUUGACGCAUCGGCCUCGGUGUUUUGUGACCAUGUCAUUGGCUCAUUGAAUUCCCUAUGGAUGUCAUUUGGUAUUAUUACACUAUUUUCAUUUAUAACUUUGUUGCUUUGCAUCAACCUCGCCAAUCAUUACCGUCGAGCUACACGAUCACAUCCCAAAAAAUCAAGGUAUAGCGUGCCAUUAUCACUGUUUAAUGGAGGCAGAGGCAUAUCGUCUGGAUCAAGGAAGAGAUCCAUCAAUCCAUGGAAUAAUGUACAUAAGAAUACUCCAAUAGCAGAAGAGCUGACAUCACUAAGAUGGGUGUGAUCACGAGGUUUUCUUCUGCCAAUGAGUGUUCGGAUCAGCAUUGAAUAUUUUUUACUGAAUGGAUUUUCACAUUUCUUUAUUUCAAACCAUCAAAGAAAUUUUAUUCUUAUUGAUAUAAUCAAAGCGAAGAUAUUAAUUUAUGAUACCAAAAAUAUUUCUCAAAAUAAUUUAUGGAAAUAUUUGUACAAUAUAUUUAAGCAGAUGGCAUUAGGAAAGCAUUUUGAGUUUAAUUUGAAAGUUUUGUCUAAAGGUUUUUAUCGAAGAUUUUUUAAAGAUUGUUUUAUCGAAAUAAGCAUUGGAAAUAAAUAAAUGCAUUGAAAUUUUUGUUUGUAUGUAUUGUUUCGCUCUUAGACUAAUGGCUGAACACCCCCACCCCCUCCCGCCAA